CGAGCCACCGCCUCUCGCCCCGUCCCGGCCGCGGGCGCAGGAGCAGCGCGACAGCACUGCCAGCGGGGGCGAUGGACGCCGAGGCGGCGGGGGAUGAGCAGUCUCGCCUGCGCGCGCUCUUCCUGGCCUGCGACGCCAACGGCUCGGGCCGCAUCGAGCGCGAGGACUUCGCGGCGCUCUGCGCCGAGCUGCGAGUGCGGCCGGCCGAGGCCGAGGCCAUCUUCCAGCGCCUCGACAGCGACAGCGACGGGGCCAUCACCUUCAGGGAGUUCGCCCGCGGCUUCCGCGGCGCCACGCGGCGGCGGUCCAGCGGCGGCCCUGGAGAGCAGGAGCCGGUGGAGGAGGGCGAGGAGGCGGCCGCGACGUGGAGCACCGCGGGGUUGGAGCAGCCCUGGAGAGACUUCGAGGUGCGGCUGGGGGACGAGGCCAGGUACAUCCCCAGACAGGAGCAAGUCAGUGUUCUGUAUCAGAACAUACACAUAGUGGAACCAAGAUUAAUCCAGCCAUAUGAGCAUGUCAUUAAGAACUUCAUCCGAGAGAUCAAACUCCAAAGCACAGAGAUGGAAACCUUGGCCAUUGCUGUAAAAAGAGCUCAGGAUAAAGCAGCAGUUCAGCUCAGUGAGCUGGAAGAAGAGAUGGAACAACGGAUACAGGCUGCUGAGCAAAAAGUUAAAAAGGAAGAAAAACGAAAAGCUGAAGAAGCACUAAAUGAGCUGAAGCGCCAGUAUGAUACUGAAGUUGGGGAUCUUCAGGUGACUAUAAAAAAACUUAAAAAGGUUGAGGAGCAAUCCAAAAACAUAAAUAGCAGGGAAGAUGUGAUUGAACUGAAAAAGAGAAUACAUGAUAUGUUGUUGGAAAAUCAGAAACUUAAGAAAGACCUCUUAGAAGCACAAACAAAUAUCGCUUUUCUCCAGAGUGAGUUAGAUAGCUUAAAAAGUGAAUAUGCAGAUCAGACUUUAAACACAGAAAGAGACCUAGAAAUGAUUCGGGAGUAUACUGAAGACAGAGAUAAUCUGGAAAGACAAAUUGAAAUACUUCAAUCAGCUAAUAGAAAACUACAUGACAGCAAUGAUGGUUUAAGAACUGCACUUGAAAACAGUUUCAGCAAGUUCAACAGAUCAUUGCGGUUAGCAAAUACCUCACCGGGAAGUACUAUUUCUAGAAGCAGUCCCAAAUGUAGUGGUGGACAGUCUCCUCUGAACCCGCGUUAUGACAGGUCAUCUCCAUCUUGUAUGGAUGAAGAUUAUGAUUCUUUAGCCCUUUGUGACCCAAUGCAAAGAAUAAACUGUGAAGUUGACAGCUUACCUGAGAGCUGUUUUGACAGUGGUUUGUCCACCCUGAGAGAUUCAAACGAGUAUGAUUCAGAGGUGGAAUACAGGCAUCAAAGAAUUUCUCAAAGACCACAGUGUAUGCAAGAAAACUAUGGCGGUGAUGCUUCUGAUACAGAUGUUCCUGAGAUCAGGGAUGAAGAAGCGUACAGUCCUGAUAACAGCAGUACAAUAUUAGACUGGAAAUCCUCAAGACCAGUAAGUCGAAGCAGCUCAGUUGCUUCAACAAGGAAAUACAUAUCUGCUCUGACUCCUCAGUCAGAUGCAACAGAAUGUACUCCAAAAUAUCCAAGUUCAGAGAAGGCUUAUAAGAUUGUUCUUGCUGGAGAUGCAGCAGUGGGAAAAUCUAGUUUCCUUAUGAGACUUUGCAAGAAUGAAUUUAGAGGCAAUACCAGUGCAACCCUUGGUGUCGAUUUUCAAAUGAAAAGGUUAAUUGUUGAUGGAGAACCUACAGUGCUACAAUUAUGGGACACAGCUGGGCAGGAGAGAUUCCGAAGUAUUGCUAAAUCGUACUUCAGAAGAGCAGAUGGUGUCUUACUCUUAUAUGAUGUAACAUGUGAAAAAAGCUUUCUUAAUGUGCGAGAAUGGGUUGAUAUGAUUGGGGAUGCAACUCAUGAGAAUAUUCCAAUUAUGAUGGUAGGAAACAAAGCAGAUCUUCGCCAAGCAGUUACAGAACAAGGGCAAAAAUGUGUACCUAUAAGCUAUGGAGAAAAGCUGGCUAUGACUUACAAUGCUCUAUUCUGUGAAACAAGUGCUAAAGAUGGAUCUAAUAUUGUAGAAGCAGUUCUUCAUCUUGCUCGUGAAGUGAGAAAACGAAGUGAUAAUCAAGAUGAUACGAGGUCGGUAACUAACCUGGCUGGGACGCCUGUCAAAAAAUCAGCACUUAUGAAAAACUGCUGCAAUGUUUAAGUCACAGACACUUUUCCUGGCAUAAGAAGUUUGUAUAUUAAAAAAAAGAAAAGAAAAGAAAAGAAAAGAAAAGAAAAGAAAAGAAAAGAAAAGAAAAGAAAAGAAAAGAAAAGAAAAGAAAAGAAAAGAAAAGAAAAAUGAAGGAUUUCUAUUAUGUAUUCUUUUUACUAUGUUUUUAUACAUUUGUGUAUUUAGGAGAUGGUCAUCAUGGAAAAAAUCCAGACACUACUUUCUACUAAUUCAUCUUUAUAUACUUGCUUUGACCCUUAGUCUCUGUUUUCACUCUUCUUAAGCAACAAAAUUCAAUGAAGUGAGCUCAGAAUCAAUUCUACAGUAGUCAGUGCAUGUAACACUGUAAUAUAUUUUAUCUCCUUCACCUGGUAUCUUUUUGGGUUUCAUUUUGGGCUCCAUUUCUUACAGAAUAUGGUAGGACAGUAUCAUAUAUCGCUCAUAGGAACAGAAAAAAAGUUCUGCCAAGAAUAUGAAUUAAUUUAAUUUUUUUUGCUCAUAUUUGUGUACCCAGUUUGUGUACCCAGGUCUUGACUUACACAUUCAUGAAAAAUUUCCCAAGAAAACCCAAAGCCAUUAAAAUAUCACCCACUUACAGGUAAAUCAAGUUGUGGACGAAAAGUGGAAUGGUUUAUUAGGAGAAGACAGUGGCAGAUAAGUAGGCUACUGGUGUAAUUUUAUCGCAGUAAGUUAGGAUUUAUUUAAAUUGAAGAGUUGAGAUUUGAUUGGGAACUAAAAAGUAGACUUUAUUUCUAGUCCUACACAGCUCAAUAGCAAAAGGAACAUUUGCAUGGACCAUUACAGUUCCAAAUUCUAAAGAGACCUGUAAUACCUGUGAUAAGCAGGAUGAGAUUAAAUGAUGUUUCAGUACUCUUCUGUUUGUUUAAACUAGAUCAUUGACAGUGUAAUAGAGAGAUUUGGAUUGUAAUUUUCCUGUGUUUUUCAAAAGCUUUUUAUUAGACAUUAGUUGAGUGAUUGUAAUGGUACAGAAGAGUCUGUUCUAAUGUAAAUUCUUUAUGCAUUUUUCAGGUUUUAGGUGAAAUAAUUAUUGCACACGCACAAGCAUCUGUAUGAACCGUUCAUUGAAAGGAACUGCUGGAGUGAAUGGCAGCCAACUAUGAUAAUGAGAAUAUUGUUGCCUGACUGUAAGAAAUUUCCAAGAUACGCAGCAGUAAAUGGUAUUUUUAAGUGCAGGUGUUUCUAAGAUCUGAGUUAUUAUUGCUUGUCUUAGUUCCCAAAAUUAAUGUAGUAGAAAUUGUAGAUAUUUCUGUCAUCAUCAGUCACAGAAUUGUAGACUCGUGGAAUGGCUUGGAUCGAAGGGGACCUUCUGCCCUAGGCAGGGUUGUCACCCACACCAGAUCAGGCUUCUCAGGGUCCCAUCCAACCUGAUCUUGGAUACUUCCAGGCGUGGGGCAUCCAGACCUACUCAGGGCAAUGUGUUCCAAUGUCUCACCACUCUCUUAGUAAAACAUUUCCCCCUAACAAUGAAUUUGAAUCUCCCAUUAUUUAUUUUAAAAAUAAACCACUAUGUAAAAAUACAAAUCCGUUUCCCCUUUUUGAUACCAUCUGCUGCUCCCAAGAACAGUUUGGCUGUGGUAACUAUCAGUAGCUGAAUAGAUCAUAUAAUUUCAGUCACUGUAGGCUACUGAAAGAUCACUGUCUACCUUCUUAUCUUCAGCAGCGUAAUUCAUUGCAGAGCGCCCCUGACAAAUGUGGCUUUCAGAUAUUUGACGUUAUCAGUGUGUGUGCAUGUGCAGUAAUUCCUUUCACAGCCAAGGUUCUUUUCAUGCAGAAUGGUGUGUGAAGGGUUGAUACCCUUUGGUAUCAACCCAGGUUGAAGGGCGUGAGUUCAGAGACUUACUUUUUCUCUCUCCUGGAUUGGGCCCUAGGUAUUUUGGAUACUUUUUCUCAUUUAUUUUAAUGAGCAAAAUAUAUCUUGUGUUCUUUGGCUAAGCUAUGUAAAAUGAAUCGCUUUGUAAGCUACGUAAUUUUAAUGUGUGUCGUACAAAGCAACAGUGUUUUAUUUUUAAAUAAGAUUCAGGGUUGAAAACUGAUAACAAAGUUUUACCUUGGAGUAGUUUUAUGAUCAAUGUACAAUUGAUUACUGGAAAAAGCACUACUGAAUGGGGAUAUAGCUAUAGCUCAGUUUGAACUGUUUUUAAAAACACUGUGAUGAUCAGCUCCAUCAAGUCUGAAUAUUCACCUACUGUCAGGUAGAAGGGAUUUGUGUUAAAGUGAAAGAAUUUGGAAUAAAAAUAUUUAUUUCAAUGUAGAAACAGAAGCAUGUAUUUAUACAUGGAAAUAACAAAUAUUUAAGGUUUUCUGUCGUUCUGCUUUAAAAAGUUACCUUGCCUUCUAUCUGAAAUGUAAAGUGACAAAUAUCAGCUUUAUGCUUGGAUACAGUUGCACUAUUGUACUUUAAAUGUUUUUAUUGUUUUACACAGUACUUGAGAACUAUUCAUUUAACAAUACAAAGCUAUUUUUUUAGUUAGUGGAUGUAUUCCCUUAAUACAUAUAUUUAUUCAGAAAGGAGAGGCUUUUCAUGUCUCCUCACAAUCUGUAAAUAUUUUUUUUUUCAGUUGAUAUGGAAGUAUUAUUUUGUCCUAUAUUGUUUUUGACCUUUUCUAAUUGUGGCAGAGUGCACAUUUCUGAGGCAGGAAUUUCUGUUAAGACACUCUGGAAAUGUUGGGAUCAAAGGAGUGUUCUAACUGCCUUGUGACUUACGUUAGUGCCUUAAUGCUGCACGUUUGGUUAAUUAUUCUUAAAUAUGUAAUUAUGGCCUAACAUCAAUUGAAGGUUUCAGUGUAUCUAUUUUUGUACUGACUGCAAAAUCCUCUUCUGUUUUAGGAAAAAUAAGUAACAGUUUUGUAUCUGUACGUCUGUUAAAAUGUGUUCCAUGGAAAAUACAGGCCGCUCCUUCAAGGAGCUUCAUGCAGACGUGCACUGCUGCAGAUGCACAGUUCAGCUAAUAGAGCCUGUGCCAGAGCAGGCGGAAUAAAGACUUCAGUGAAAGAUCCUGAUUCAUAAACAAAAGGGAGUUAGUUCCUCAUAUAAUUUUCAUAGACUUUACAGUCUUUAUUAUUAUAGGAAGAAUCUUCCAAGAUGUUUCUUACCAUAGUAAGUAAAGAAAAAAAAAUAAAAAUAAAAAUCCAAUAGCUCAUCUUCAGAUAUCCUUUACCACUGUUUUUUUCCAAAUUUGAUGUAGCGUGAUGCUGUCCCUCUGAUCAUGUUCAGGCUUCUUAUGGUUGAAGAAACUUUUUUACAGCACUAAAGCCUGUAGUAUUUUUCUUCUGCUAUCAGUAUCUGGCCAAAUCCUUGCUUACUCACCUCCCUAGGACUGGUAACGUUGUUAUUGAUCAUUGUCUGUUUGUUUUUUUUUUUUUUUUUUUCUCCCACAUUUCCUAUUUUGUGAGAAAACCUUCCCUGUGGUUAAAAAUAAUUUGUCUCGGAUGUAUCCAGAAAGCAGGUGAAAAUGCAUUAUAUUGUUUGUAAAAUGGAGUCAAUUUCCUACUGUUUCUGCCCUUUGAAUUAGAUCUAUAAGGGAGUGUAUAUCAAAUGAAUCGUAUUAAUCAAGUGGCUGAGUAGCCAAUAAACACAAGCUGCUGAGGUUACUGCAGUGAAGUGUUUAAAACAGCAGUGUAUUUUCUUACUAGUAUGGGGAAGAAAUUCAGUGCCAAUUGCACGUGCCAGCUUUUAAUAAAGCAAAUAUGUGUAAUGAAGGCUCUAAAUUGUUAAAACUUUAAAAACUUUAUAUUGUUUACAAUCAGAACUGUGAUGUGCAUCCACUGUAAUUUUGUAUAUUUUUCAAAAGAGCUGCAUUCUCCUGUAUUGAAAAUUACUGUACAAUAAAAUAUACUUCAAUAGCUUA